UACUAAUGCUUCUGGUUUGCUCAAAAAUCUGUUUCGUUAAAAAAAAGACAUUACGGAACAAGAAGUUUUAAUGAAAAAAUUUAAACGAUCAUUUUUAAUAGAACAAGUUAUAAAGAUUCCAAUAUCGUUCAUUUACUUGCCCACUCCUGGUGGCUUAUCCGCCUAGUUCACAUAAACGGGGCUUCCUUUUACUUUAUAGUUAUGUACCUGCAUAUUUGGCGAAGAAUGUUCUACUACUCAUUCAAAAUAGGUUAAUUCUUUUCUUAUCUAUGGCAACUGCUUUUCUUUGGUUAUGUUCUUUCAUGAGGACAGAUAUCGUUCUGAGGAGCUCUAGAGUAAUUACAAAUCAUCUCUCUGCAAUCCCCUACAUUGGACAAUACUCCUUUUACGCGUACUUUAUAGUUAAGGAUCUUGUAACUAUUAUAUUUGUGAUAGUUAUUUUCAUAAUAGUUAAUCUCCAAAAUCCGUAUAUACUAAGAGAUCCGGACAAUUUUAAAAUAGCAAAUCCAAUAGUAACUCCUUCCCAUAUUAAGCCUGAA